AAAUGAUUCGUUCAUUGUAGUAAAAAAAAAUGGCGACGAACGAAGUGAGGUCAGAAGAAGUUUUAGGGCAAAAGUGGGACCGCUGCUUAGCAGACACGUCUAUGAAGUUCGUGACAGGGGCAGGUGUUGGCGUGGUAUUUUCUUUCCUGUUUUUCAAAAGACGGCCGUGGCCUGUCACUCUGUUAGCUGGUAUUGGCCUUGGUAUGGGAUAUUCAAAUUGUCAACACGACUUUCAGACACCCUACAUUAUACAUGGAAAAUUAGUUAAAGAGACAGAAAAUGGGAAUGACAGUUAGUAGUGGAGAGUGUAUAAAGUAUAUUAAUGUUUAAAUGAAAUAAUAAUGUGAUAGUAUAAAGUUUCUGUAAAAGUGGAAAAUGGAUGAUUAGCUGGAAUCUAAAGACUUCACUCUUUGGCACAGAUAGUUUGCCUGUGCUGGUAGUUUACAGCAAAGGGUAAAUAAUGUCUUUGAAAACAAAAACUUUGUAUUCAUGUUAAUAUUAUUUACAAGAUAUGAGAUACUCUACUGUUGUUAAAACAUGUUCAAACUGCUGUUAAAAUUUCAAUGUAGAUUAAAACGAUGUCUUGGCAAACACGGUCCUAAUAUGUGAUACUCUACUGUUUUAAACUGCCUGUGUUUAGAAAUAUGUUCAAGUUAUCUACUUAACAAUGUAUCAGAUUUGUUAUUAUACUGACUAAACAAGUCUGAAGCAUACAUUUACAAUACAUAUCACCGUUAGAAAAAACAAUGUUUUUAACAAAUGUAUACUUCUGACUUGCCCUGUGUCACACCCACACUUUUUAUUUUCGAUGCUUAGUGCCACAAAACAAGGCUGAUGCAGGGAAGAAAAGACAAAUACAUGCAGGGAUUAAGAUUAAACAUAUAUAUAUAUAUAGGGAAACCUAUCAUAACAGUGUUUGAAUGCCUGUUUCACCACUACUUCAGUUGUCUGGAAUUAAGGGACGCAAGUUUGAAAACUGUAUUUUACCAGUUUUCAUAGAAUCCAGUGCAUGUCAGCAGUUCCAUUGUAAAGUAGUCCAAAUAAUUGUACUCAAGAGUCGAAUAUUGUUUUAUUUUUUGACUGCUCGAUAUUCUCCUCUAGGUAGACAACGUAAAAUAUCAAAAUGUAAAAUCGGUCUACCCGAGGUUUCAUUAUUUAGACUAACUGUAAAGCUGCUGUUAUUCUGUGACAUGUGCUAUGUAUAGUUGUAUUUCCUGAAACAAAUAUUUACAUGUGAUGUUUAUUUGUAGAAUUUACAAAAACAGUACCAGCAAGGACUUUUGUCUGUGCAACACUAUUGCAGGUACUUCUUUCUCUCAUAAAGCUGCCUUGGCUACCACCUGAAAUAAGCAGUCACUUGCCAGGAGCAUCCAGUGAAUGGAUUUCCCAAAUUGACUUUUGUUCUAAUUUCAUCAGUUCUUAAGCAGACAUUUGCCUUAAGCAGGCAGCCAGCUUAGGUUGUGCCAAUCUGGGUGCAUAAGACAAGUUGAAAUUGGAACAAAAUUUGAGAAAUCUGCUCACUGGAUUCUUAAGGCAGUUUUGACUGUGUUUUGAAGAAGAUUAACUUAAGUGAAAGAGUGUUUUCUUAGUUUUAAGUUGGAUUCUGUGUAGGUCAGUGGAACUGAACAACUGUUAAUAAUCAUGUUAUUGUAUGUAUUUAAAAAAAAAACAACAGAAAAAUAUAUAUUGUAACAGUAAAUUGCAGCUCAAAGAGCAUGUUAAUCAAUACAUUAGAAAAUAAAUGAAAUUACAAAAAAGA